GGAGCACUUGUCAUUGUUUUGUUCAUGCAGUGACACGUUUAGUGCAUACGUAUUAUAUGCGUUCUGAUACAUAGUGAACUAUAGCUUUUACGCUUUUGAAGUUUUGGACAUUCACUGCUAACAAGGUACGGUAUAAUUACCUUUCAUUGUGUAUAUAUUCACACGUGUAAAUGUAGCGAUAUAACAAGCAGAUCUUUUGUCACAACCUUAUUAUCUCCUUGAACUAAUAAACAGACUGUGAAACAUAAAUUCUCCUUUGGCUUUGGUCUUGCAGUAAUAUCGUGGCAGAAAUUAGAUCAACCUUUCAGUCAUAUUUUCAUUCAAAUACAUGUUCAUAGGCUUCAUAUAACCAAAUGGUAUACCAAGAAAACCGUAACGACUAACGGUUUUAUUAAAGUAUUACAGUAACGAAGUGUGUGCUAGCUGUCUGCAUGUGCCUGUGGAAUUGAGAUAUAUAGAUAAACAUCAUUUUGUCACCAAGAGCGUUCCUUCUGAAUCUAAACUGUGGACAUGAGUAAAAUAUAUGUCUUGUUAUAUACUUUUCUAGCAGUAAUGAUUGCUAUAUAAUUUUGUUCUGUUUACACCGCAACCGAGUAACCGACGUGAAGAAUAGUUUCGACAAACGACAUGCAGAAGUGAUUAACAAAUAACGAUUUAAGACUGCAUGAUUGACCACAAAACAUAUGUGGGAUUGACUAACUCUACAGGCACAGUAGACGAAGUUCGAUAUAUAAAAGUUCUUUCUAGGUUUGCAUGGCGAUAUGAUACCAGAAGGUGCACUUAGCCAAAAUUAUGUCCAUGAUUUUUGUAAUAAUGUAUAAUAAUUUAUUUCACCACUAUAGCCCGUAUAGGCAUUUCAGUGUUAUAUAAUUAUAUCAAAAUACUUCACAUUUACUAUACUUUACAGAACAUAGUGGUAAGGAAGCUUAAAAAGAAACCUAUGCGCAGGCGCGAGCCAGCAAGUGCAAUCGCGACGACAUCAAACGCGAGAAUACGCCAUCACUAAGUAAUAAAGAGUCGCCAUUUUAACUUUUUUUUAAAUGCCACAGGUCCAAAUAAUGGGUCAUCGCAACAGGAAGACACGACUUAAAAAAACAAAAACGUAAAAUAUUUAGACAGUAAUUGCAGAAUAUGCAGCGUACGCUUUUAGCAUGUUUUGUGAAUUUCAAGAAAAACCGUUGAUUUGAGGAAUUGACGCUGACGAACGCUGACGUGAUGUUCGCAGCGUGUCACACGUCAUCUAGCGUGCGCAAUUCGUGAUCCGCAAGGCGAAUUUUAAAAAUUUAAAAAUCGCGGAUAUGAAAAUGUUAUGCUUAUGGAAAGGUGUACAUGCAUGCAGUGAGGCUUCUGGUAUAUUUUCUAUUCUGUGUUAUUAGCACUGAUGAAGAUCCGGGCUUUCGGAUCGAAAGCUUUGCAGUAAUAAAUUUACGUGGUGUUUCCACAAACAAAAGUAUUAUAACUCUAUAAAGCUAGUCUGAACUGAAAUUACAAAUGAGGAGGAAAGUUGGUCCAAAUAUUAAAACCCGAAUUGUCUUGACAGAAUUACCAACAUGCAUUUUGCCUGUAAAUCUUAUUGUAUAAGACUGAAGUAUUUAAAGCAUGCCAAACUUGCUCCCCUGAUAAGAAAAUUGCAAGCUAAAUUGUCAAUUUCCCACCCGUACCGGCCGGUUUUAUCCGCAUGCCGUGGUAGUAAUUGUAAAACAUUUUAUUGUUUAAAAGUGAUCUACAGUCCGUAUGUAAACAAAGCCUUUGUUUACAUUUUUGCGUCCAAAAUAUUGAGCUUUAUUCAACAACUAUUUAUAUUUUCAAGCUUCUUAUAGAGUAUAAUAAAUGAUCAAGAAACAACAAUCAGGCUUUGCAAGAACCCAAAACAUAGUUAAACUGUUUGUAUCAUAAAAAGUGGGCUCCUUUGUGCACAUGCGCAGAUCGGACUGUAGAUCACCUUUAAAAAUACAGCCAGUAAAUGUUCAUCAUAUAAAAUGCAAAGUAUAAAUGAUAGUGCAUGUAAAUGUAAAAAAAAUUGCAUGCAUGAUAAAAAACUGAAGAACACUGAUGAUCAUGAACAUUAAGACAAAAUGAUGCCAUUUUUACGCCCAAGCAGGUAAAUGCAAUGAUCUAUUUCAUUUGAUGUUUAACAUGCGUGACAUUUUUAACUAAAGGAAAUCAUAAUGUCAAGAAAUUUACGAAAGGUGGAGAGUGAACUAAAUAAAGGAAAAGCGCCGACUUCUGUGUUUGGUGUAGCGACUAAAGAUCGUUAUGAUGCGUCUCACCAGGAAAUGCCCAAAGAGUAUCAACCAACCAACACGACGCCAAUCCGUCCAGCGAAAGAGGGAGACACGCCUUCCGUUGAUUUCAAGAUUCAAGCUUUGCAAGAAGGGCAGAAAUAAGAAACUUCUAGUUUUCAGUCAUAAAAUAAAUGAUUACUUUUUUUGUAAAAUUAAAGCAAAUUGUAUAACUUCGUUUUAAAGCAUGAUAUAGCCUAUAGUAACCGUGCAUGCCUGCAUACCGAUUUGAAAACAGAUACUUUGAACAUUGCGUAGCUAAGACUAAAUGGAUUAAAAGAAGUGAGAUUAAUGUUCUCGAUGCUAUAUAGUGUAUAAUUUUGGGCUUCAUACUGCAGCAAUUCUAGUCUGCAAAUCUGCAAAUUAUUGAACUAAUAUUCCCAUGAGUGGUCUCGUUUUCAUGUGGUGAGAUUUAGGCGGGUCUGGGAGUGUUCUCCCUCUGAAAAUGUUUGUAUGUUUCUACCCCUAGGACUGCAAUUCGUUCGUUUUCUGAAACAUAUUUUUGGAUAUACAGCGUUACAUUAUAUGCUGUAGAUAGACUGAAUAUUCCUUCAGUUAAGUACUUGCAUGAUAUGUUUAUGUAAAUACCAAACUCGAUCACUCACGGGUAGGAAGCUUGAUAAACUUAGGGCGCCCGACUCCCACGAGGCGCCAUCAUGGUUCGCGCCGAGCGGGAGAAUUUUGAGUCACUAACUUGUUUAGCCGAGCCUUCCAACAACUCAAAUCUAUAGGGUCUGGGAUAUGUAAUCCACUGGAAAAUGUUUAAAAUCUAAGGUAUUUACAACACAAUGUUUAGCAUUUUCAAACUAAAAGACAUUAAAUUUAAAGAUAAAAGACAGGA